GAUGAUCAAGAAAAUUAAGUAAAUUUUUGAGAAAUAUGGAUUGGAUAUAUUUUUGAGACCUUAUGAUAUAAUAUUGACAUCUCCAAAUAGUGGAAUAUUAGAAUUUAUUCCAAAUACUGUCUCUAUUGAUAAAAUUAAAAGAGAACAUUCAGAUUUAACAUUAAAAGAAUUCUAUUAAACUUAUUUUGAAUGUUUUGAAGAGGCUUAAACAAACUUUUUGUAAAGUCUUGCUGGAUAUUCAUUGAUUUGUUAUUUAUUUUAAUUAAAAGACAGACAUAAUGGAAAUAUUUUAAUAGAUAAUUAAGGACAUAUAAUUCAUAUAGAUUUUGGAUUUGUUUUAACCUUAACACCAGGUAAUUUAGGAUUUGAAUCUGCUCCAUUUAAAUUAAUAUAAGAAUAUGAGGAACUUUUAGAUGGAUAAGGUAGUUAUUAUCAUAAUUACUUUUAAACUUUAAUAUUUAAAGGUAUAUUAAAUAUAAAAUCAUAUUAGGUCUUAUGGCAUUGUAAUCUGAGAUUGAUGAAAUAAUAACAUUUGUAAAGAUAAUGAAUUUUAGUCCCAAACAUAAUCUAUUGGCUAGUUUAGAGAAGUUUAAAGUUGAAGAGUUUCGUAAAAGAUUUAUGGAAAAUGAUACACCUGAACAAUUAUACUAAAAUGUAUAGAAUUUAGUCAAAGAAUCCAGUAAUUCAUGGACUACAAUGCUUUAUGAUUAUUUUUAGUAUAAGACCAAUACUAUAUAUUAUUGA